AUGAAAGAAGCCUUUGAACUGACACACAUUAUUUUUUCUGAUUUUUUUUUUCUUUUCUCCUCUCUUCCUAGUAUAAGUUCAGAGACCUGACCAUAGAAGAGCUAAAGAAUGUUAACAAGACCUACCCAAACUUCACAUUCUCCAUGAACACAUACACCUUCAAGGAUGGAUCCCAGAAGGACCUCCUAAAUUUUAGCGGUACUGUUCCAGUGAAAUACGGUAAUUCCUACAACAUACCUAUUCAUCUGUGGAUUCUGGAUUCUCAUCCCUUUGCCCCCCCCAUUUGCUUCUUGAAGCCAACGGCAAGCAUGGGCAUUUCGGUGGGAAAGCACGUUGAUGCUCGUGGCAGGAUUUAUUUGCCGUACCUGCAGAACUGGAGCCAUCCUAAAUCAACUAUCAUUGGAUUAAUCAAGGAAAUGGUUGCAAAAUUUGAGGAAGAGCUUCCCUUGUAUUCACUGUCAUCUUCUGAUGCAGCCAGGCAAUCGGAACUUCUCUCCUACAUUGCAAAGAUUACUCAAGGAGAGACUGACAUGGAAUCAAAGGCUAAAAUUGGUGGAGGCAAAAAUGAAGGAUGUUUAAACAAAAUUACUGUCGUUGGAGCUGGAGAUCUGGGCAUUGCGUGUGUGCUAGCAGUUGCAGCAAAGGGUACUGCAGACAAGGUGGUUCUUUUGGACCUUUCUGAAGGUGCGGCAAAAGGAGGGACCAUGGACUUGGAGAUCUUUGCUCUGCCAAACGUGGAGAUCAGCAAAGAUUUUUCUGCUUCAGCUGAUUCAAAGGUUGUGGUACUUACUGUUAAUUCUCUGGGUAAUGCUCAGACUUACCUUGAUGUCAUACAGAGCAACGUGGAUUUAUUCAGGGGAAUCAUCCCAGCAAUAUCACACUACAGUCAGAACUCUGUUCUCCUUGUUGCUUCUCAUCCAGUUGAAAUAAUGACAUAUGUGUCAUGGAAGCUGAGUGCGUUUCCCAAAGGUAGAGUUCUCGGAGUAGGUGCCAACCUAGAUGCUGAGAGAUUUCAGUACAUACUGACAAACCUUUUGAAAGCACAGGUGCUGGCAAAAGAUGCUUGGAUUAUUGGAGAACAAGGAGAAGACAAAGUACCAUCGUGGACCUGUCAUAAUUUAGUUGCAAAUAAAACGGAAGCGGUGGCUGCUCGUAACUCAAGGGAAACAGUGGCUAACAGAGCUAUGGAAAUUCUAAAGGGAAAAGGUCAGAGAUCUUGGUCUGUCGGGCUCUCAGUUGCUGAUUUGGCUGACAGUAUACUGAAAGAUAAAAGAAAGGUUCAUUCUGUAUCCGUUCUGGCAAAGGGGUGUUGCAGUAUAAACAGCGAGGUAUUCUUAAGCCUGCCCUGUGUUCUUGGAACCAGUGGAGUGCUUGAAAUGGUCAAACUGGAAGAAGACCCAGCAGUGCAAGAGAAACUGCAAAGCAGUGCAGAAUCAAUUCAUGACCUUCAACAGCAACUAAAACUGUAA